CCCUGCACAGGGUCUCCAGGAGUCCGGCUGGACAUGAUCUCCCACAUGGAGCAGGAGGAAGGCCUGUGGGUCUCCCGUCUCCAGGCCUACCCAGGAAAGCCAGUUCUGAAUAGCGCCUGUCCAGCUGAGGAUAGGAUUGUGAGCAAGAAAGAGGAAAAUCCCCACCAGGGCAUUCCUCGGCCAGUGGAUCCAGAUUUACUAUCGGGACUCUCCAAGGAGAACAGUUCCCAGAGUCCUGAACAGGACCCUGUUCACCCACGCAGGUCAGAAAGGGUUCAGAGACCUCCCCUGGGGAAGAGGCAAAGCAGAGCGACGCUACGUGGAAAAAGUUUCAGGAGGUUGCCAGACCCCAGCCAGCAGAGAAAUCCUGCUGCGGGGAGGCUGACGAUAUGUGGGGACUGUGGGAAGAGCUUCCGGGUGAGCUCCAACCUGGUCCAGCACCGGAGAAUCCACACUGGAGAGAAACCCUUUGGCUGCGCCGAGUGCGGGGAGAGCUUCCGGCAGCGAUCGCAUCUCAUCCAGCACCAGAGAAUCCACACGGGGGAGAGACCCUACGAGUGCUCCGAGUGCGGGAAGAGCUUCAGUAUGAGCUCAAAGCUGAUCCGGCACCAGAUAACCCACACGGGGGAGAAGCCCUACAAGUGUGCCGAGUGUGGAAAGAGCUUCUCUGGGAACUCGCAGCUGGUCCAGCACCAGCGAGUGCACACGGGGGAGAAACCCUUUGAGUGCAGCGACUGUGGGAAGAGCUUCAGCGUGAGCUCGGCCCUGACACGACACCAGAGAAUCCACACAGGGGAGAAACCCUAUGAGUGCGCAGCAUGUGGCAAGAGCUUCAGCCAGAGCUCUGAGCUCAUGAAGCACCAGCGGGUGCACACAGGGGAGAAGCCGUACGAGUGCUCCGAGUGUGGGAAGAGCUUCACGGUGAGUUCUGCCCUCAUCCAGCACCGGCGGUUCCACAUGGGUGAGCGCCCCUAUGGAUGCACCGAGUGCGGAAAGAGCUUCACUGUGAGCUCCCACCUCAUCCAGCACCGCCGCUUCCACACUGGGGAGCGCCCCUACGAAUGCACUGAGUGUGGGAAGAGCUUCCUGUGGAGGUCGGCCCUGCUCCGGCACCGCAGAGUCCACACAGGGGAGCGGCCCUAUGCCUGUGCCGACUGUGGGGAUAGCUUUCGGCAGAGUGCCCACCUCAUCCAGCACCGGCGGAUCCACACUGGGGAGCGCCCCUACGCCUGCACCAAUUGUGGGAAGGGCUUCACCGUGAGCUCUGCGCUCCUCCGGCACCAGCAGAUCCACAGGGGAGAGGAGCCCUAGGAGGGGUGAGUGUGGGGAGCAGUUGUGUCCGAUACCCUGUGCGCUUUCCUGGGAAAGUGAAGCCCAGGGUCUCUCUCCUUUCAGUCUAAUAACCACCCUGCUUUUGGAGGGUGAAAGCAAUUUCUUUUUAGGAGAAUGAGUGCUAAAAGGUAGAGACGGAAGAAGAGGAGAGUCGGUGCAAGGAGCUGAAUUGGGAGUCUGGGGAACAGUGUGUGACAGAGCAGAGGAAGGAGGUGGUGUUCAGCGGGAUAGCUCCUGGGAGAGGGAGAGGAACAAAGCACUUUGAAAAGGCUGCAAGAUGUUUGGUGGUAUAUUUAAGAGAAGGGAAGUAUCUUGUCUUUUGUCUGUGCGCACAAUGUUUCAGACAAUUUACAGAGGGAACUAAAUGGACCAUCUGAGAGCGUGCAAAGCUCUAGUUAGCAAAAUGAAAGCUCUCACGUUCCCUUCCUGCUACUGCUUUGUUUAGAGGCUCUGAAUUACCUACUCCAGGCCGUGGUCUGUGCCUGUAGCACAGAGAAGCUGUAAGCCUGAUGUGCCUCAACUCCUCCCUGCUAUUUGCCCACCCGAGCUGUGUCCAACAGCACGCUCGGUCACAGCACGGCAGAGUCCUGCGUGGUGUGCUGCAUUCACAGGACAUCAGUCUGAGGCCUUAGCCCACCCCUCUGGGGAGCAGAGCCAGCAAACACUGGUGGCAAUCGCUGCGCAAGUGUGUAGUACUUGAUGCCCACCUUGGUAAUGCCCAGAGGCCUCUGUGGGAACUGCAUCUGCGCAGUUGCUGAAUUUGUGCUACUCCUGCUCAUUGGGUUUCUGCUUGGAGAAGCCAGCCUUUCUCUAGAAACCGUGUGGAAGGGCUUCCUGGCGUUACAGGUUUGAGGAUCUUUUUUUCCCCCCCCCCAAUGUGGGAAUUGAAUGUUCCUUCUGAAAAUAUGGGAGUAAGAACUGAAUUGUAUGUUAAUGAGACUUAAUUAUUUCUAAAAUGUCCAAGUGUCCAAAUAAAACCUUUUAAAAAAUA